UUAUCGCCGCGAAAGUACCCGCGCCGCCUUUUGCCUGCGCUACUUAAGGCUCGUGUACCCCUACACCAGUCGCAUUGCAUCUUCGUUUUGUAUCAUCAAUUGGCAUCAUGAGGUCAAUCCUAGUCUUAAUUGCCGCCGUUGGCACCCAAGCUUGCCAGCGGGAGCGAACAGUCAAACACGAACACCGCCGCGUCAAGAGGCAGAGUAGCAAUGUUACCUUCCCUCCAGUGUUAGAUACGAAUGAGCAGGUGUUGGUCAAUUCGUUUGAUAAUGCUUCCAUCUCAACAUGGUCGUAUUACUACACACAUGGUGCUCAUGUGGCUGGCACGAACCGAACUAUGGCACAGUGGACAGCCGAUCGCUGGGCCGAGUACGGAUUCACGUCGAGAUUAGACGAAUACUAUGUCUACCUCAAUUACCCGGUCUCGCACUCCCUCCUACUUACCUAUCCGAACGGCAGCAUGUUCACGCCAUCUCUCCAGGAAGAGGUGCUAGCAGUUGAUGAAACGACGAGCUACCCAAACCGCAUUCCCACCUUCCAUGGCUACUCGUUUACCGGUAACGCAUCCGCCGAAUACGUCUACGUUGGGAGAGGUCAACAGGUCGACUUCAACCGUCUCAAAGCCCUCGGAGUCGAGCUUGAGGGCAAGAUUGCCGUGGCAAAGUACGGCGGUCCAUUCCGGGGCUUGAAGGUUAAGAACGCCCAAGAGAAUGGUAUGGUAGGCUGCGUCAUCUUCACUGAUCCCAGCGACGACGGCAACAUGACCGAAGCGAAAGGCGUGACUGCGUACCCCAACGGACCCGCCCGGAAUCCUACUACGGUGCAGAGAGGCAGCGUUCAAUUCCUCAGCAUCUAUCCCGGCGAUCCGACUACACCCGGUUACACGUCUAAGCAAGACUCCCCGAGAGCGGACAAGGGCAAUAGCGUACCACAUAUUCCCUCGCUCCCGAUCUCAUGGAUUGAUGCGCAACCGAUUCUGGAAGCGCUUAAUGGGUAUGGUACUGCCGGCGCAGAGGUGAACCGGACGGGCUGGGUCGGGGCGAUCCCAGGCGUCAACUAUAGCACCGGGCAAGGUGCCGGGGCCAGCCUUUCGAUGAGCAACAUCAUGGAAGACAAAUACACGCCGAUCUGGGACGCAAUAGGCAUCAUUAAUGGCACUAACCAAGACGAGGUCAUCGUCAUCGGCAAUCAUCGAGACGCUUGGAUAGUCGGAGGCGCUGCUGACCCGAAUUCUGGAUCAGCGGUUUUGAUCGAACUGGCAAAGGCUUUCGGAAAGCUCAUGGAAACCGGGUGGAAACCGACUAGGACAAUUGUGCUCUGUAGUUGGGACGCGGAAGAAUAUGGCCUAGUUGGAAGCACGGAGUGGGUGGAAGAGUACAUACCGUGGCUCAAGACCGCCGCUGUUUCUUACCUCAAUAUCGAUGUUGCCGUUUCGGGUCCGCUCCCAGGUAUUGCAGCGACCCCGGACCUCCACAAGAUCUCCACCGACGUGAUGAAGAAGGUUAUCUACCCCUUCCACGGCAACACGAGCCGUACCAUGUAUGAUGUGUGGAUGGAGGUAGAUGGCGAGAUUGGUGUCCUCGGCAGCGGAAGUGACUACACAUCCUUCCUACACCGCGGAAUUGCGUCCAUUGAUAUGGGCGCUGGGAAUGGCCCGAACGAUCCGGUCUACCACUACCACAGCAACUACGAUAGCUACCAUUGGAUGUCUACGUUCGGCGACCCAGGAUUUCUCACGCAUAAGGCUAUGGGACAAUACCUGACGUUGCUAGCCUAUCAUCUAGCCUCUGACUCCGUCCUGCCACUUGAGCCGGCCGACUACGUCCCGGAGCUGAAGACCUACCUCUCGGACCUCAACGAGACCAUCACUUCCUCCAACGGCACUCUCGACCUCUCAACCCUCAACUCUGCAAUUGCCACCUUUACGGAUUCGGCCCAGCAAUUUAACGCCCUCCGCGAGUUUGCCAUCUCGACUAACGAUACGGAACUCCUUACGGUAGUCAACCACAAAGCGCGUGACUUCUCGCGCGGCUUCACUAGCCAGGGUGGACUGCCUGGACGCGAGUUUUUCCAGAACUUGAUAUUCGCGCCGGGUCUGGAUACGGGGUAUGCACCGGUGACUUAUCCGGGAAUCACGGAAAGCAUAACUUUCAGGGAUGAUUUUGGGGCGGCGCAGGACUGGGUGGGAAAGACUGCGGAUGCGAUUUUAGUGGCGGCAAGCAUGUUGAAGACAUAGUGAGUAUUUCUUACUCUGUCUGCACGGGCCGAGGAUGCUUUGAAUAGACGGCUAGAACCAGUAAUAUCGAAGACACAAAGUUCGUCAUC